GGUAUCUUGCUCUUCAAUUAAUAAUGCUGUAAUGGAGUCUUCUGCAGUCAAGUUUGUCCCGAACAUACAUUCAGGAAGCCACAGUGACACUGGAUCAAGGGAUUCCAUGGAUGACGAACACAUUCGGAUCGAUGAUCAAUCUGCCCAUGUGGGGCCUCGCUUCAAGUGUCCCUUUCCAAGUGCAUUUUAUGCGGUUUUUGACGGUCAUGGAGGGCCUGAGGCAGCUGCUUAUAUCAAAAGGAAUGCCAUGAGACUAUUCUUUGAAGAUGCUGAUUUACCGCAGAGAAUGGAUAUGGAUGCUGUUUUCUUCAGAGAGUUGGAGAAUUCCCACAGGAAAGCAUUUCUACUGGCAGACCAUGCCUUGGCUGAUGAACAAAGUGUGAGAAGUUCGUGUGGAACAACAGCUUUGACUGCUCUUAUACUUGGAAGGCAUUUAAUGGUUGCAAAUGCUGGUGACUGUCUAGCGGUUCUUUGCAGGAAAGGAAUAGCAGUUGACAUGUCUCAAGAUCAUAGACCUAGUUACUUGCCGGAACGUAUGCGAGUUGAGCAGUUGGGUGGUUACAUUGAUGAUGGAUAUCUUAACGGUUCUAUCUCAGUCACUCGAGUUCUUGGAGAUUGGGGCUUAAAAUUACCAUUGGGUUCCUCAUUGCCUCUCAUUGCCGAGCCAGAUGUUCAGCAGGUUAACAGAAUAUAAUGAGUUUUUUUUAUCAUUGAUUGUGAUGGGAUCUGGGAUGUCAUUUCAAGCCAAUAUGCUGUGAGUCGGGUUCGGCAUGGGCUGAGGAGGCACGAUGACCCCCAACAGUGUGACAAAGAGCUCGUCAAGGAAGCACUGCGCCUGAACACAUCAGAUAACCUCACAGUUAUUGUUGUGCGCCUCUCUACCCCAGAACAUGUUGAGUUCCCUCGCCAGCGCCCGAGGUUGAGAACCUGCAGCCUCUCGGAGGAAGCACGCAGCCGGCUGAGAAGCUUGUUAGAAGGCAAUUGAAUGUAAAUAGUAGUCAAUUCCCAUU